CGACAACAUGGCUCCCAGCAGAGGUCUCGUGCACAUCCUGCACCGGCGUGCACCCUCCUCCCUCCGUUCACCAUGUUACGUUCGAAGCUUCACCGCCAGCAGCUUGCAGAGCUCUGGCCACAACCGAUGGUCCAAGAUCCAGCACGAUAAAGCCAAAGUUGACGCCCGCAAGAACAAACAACGCUCCAUUUUUGCCGCCGAAAUCGCCCUCGCAUCGAAGCUGUACGGCCCUGAUCCGAAUGCCAAUCCACGUUUGCAGGAUUUGAUCACCAAAGCAAAGCGAGAGGGCUUCGCGAAAGCCUCCAUCGAAGGAGCGAUUGCGCGAGGUCAAGGCAGGAGUCUGAGCGGCGCCAGUUUGGAGAAUGUAACAAUCGAGGGACUUCUGCCAAAUGGAGUGGCUGUGAUUGUGGAAUGCGAAACGGAUAGCAAGUUGAGGACUCUGGCUGAAGUACGUCUCGCCAUCAAGGACAACGGAGGCACGACUACUCCUACUAGCUAUUUGUUCACCAAGAAUGGCAUUGUCACAUUCGAGAAAAAGGACCGGGUGGGCGCCGACGAGGCACUUGAGCCAGCCUUGGAAGCGGGUGCUACAGACGUCGAACAGGAUGCAGAUGGCAGGAUCGUCGUGUCCACAGAGCCAUCCGAGCUCAGAGCUGUGGGAGAUGCCAUCGCAUCGGCCCUCGGACUGCAGAUUGCCACAUCCGAGGUGGUCUGGAUACCGAAUGAGGAGACAAAAGUUGAACUACCUAGCGAAGACGCCGCUGCUGAGCUGGCCAAGUUUCUUGAUGAGCUUCAAGAUAAAGAGCAGAGUGUCCAGUCUGUUGCCUUGAAUGUCACUCAAGGCAAAUUAGACAAUGAAACCUGGCGCGAUCUCCAGGCGCGAUACACGAACUGAUCGGCCCUUCAUCCAGGCGCAUUGUAAAUCAUAGAUGAAACACCCACAGAAAGCGAGAAACACAGACUAGCUACAAAGCUCGAGCUGAUAUACCAAUGCCACUGACGGACUUAUGGUCAGUAUAUCCGCCAUAUUGCCAACGUGCAGCAGGAAGAAUCACAGCUUAGGUGAUCAGGAACUGCGGUCAAGCAUCUCGGAAGGUUGCAGGCUUUC